UGUUUAAGAUAUGUUACCAGUCUGCAAAAUUGUCGAGCGCUCUUCUUCUAAUAAAAUGAUGUAGGUCGCCCAUAGAGUGCUGUGCAAUUCGUCUGUUGAGCGGUUAGUGCCAUAGGAUGUGUACGGGCAACCAAAAAGUGACAGAACAGAGGGCGUUUUAGGGCUUUUUCAUGGAAGAUCAUGACGAGAAAAUGAAGAGAGAACGUUCCACAUGGCAAGAGAUGAAAUGAAUAAGAUGAAUGAUAGUGAAACCACUAAACUGAUUGAGGAUUACUGCAUACACAGGAUACGAAAGGAGAGCAUCGAACUUGCGUCUUACCAACAUGUGAGCAGAGAGCCCUAUGCUCCCGUCGCAGCCAGAAUGAGAGAAAUAGGUGAAGAAAUCGAGAGAACAAAUCCAGACUUUUUUUCUGGGUGUUGCGAGGAGCUGAACAUCAGCGAAACCACGGCCUACGCCAAAUUCAAAGACUUAGCGGACGAGCUUUUCAAGGACCAAGAGAACGGAUCGAGAGGUAAAGGUGUGAAAAGUGUAACAUGGGGAAGGAUAGCAGCUUUAAUAGCGUUCAGCGGCCGACUUUCUGUACAUUGUGCUAGUAAUAACUUAGAAGACUUAGUUCCCAGUAUUAUAGGCUGGACAUCCAGAUACAUUGGCAGUAAAUUAUUACCGUGGAUGCAAGACCAUCAAAAUUGGGAUGGGUUCAUGGCAUUUUUUGAGGAGAAUGGCAAAGUCCGGGCGAGGGAAACCGUCUCGUCGAUCAUGUCGUCGGCGUGCCGCUUCGCAGUUUUCGGCGCGGGAAUCGCAGCCCUCGCUUGCCUACUCAGAAGGAUCCAAAAGGAUGGCUUCAUGGAUUUCUUUGAUCGCAAUCAAGCAGCUGAACGAGCUCAAGAAUCUCUCACAAAAUUUGUCCGGUCUGCAUGCGGCUAUGCCGUGGUGGGCGCCGGAAUCGCAGCACUGGGCAUGUUCCUACGCAGGUGAAAAAGGACACCGAACAUGGCUUAAAAGCAUUUGAUGUUAACUCUUUUUAAGCGUGAUUAGCGAACGUUCCCAUGCUGUGGAGUGUCGUAUGAUUUCGAAUUCCGGCAAAGUCGUUUGUGUUUGGUCGUCGUUAUGUCUGCCCUGCUGGUGUUCCGCCGUCGAGGUCCGAUCGAUCCCGUAAGCCGAGCGAAGAAAUCCAUCGCCAUCUCCAAAGACUCCGAAGAAAUGAUUGCACGUCGCGCUACGCUUAAUGAUGUGGAAGAAAAACGUGUCUGUGAUUCCCGGAAACGUUGUCAGCACUCCAACUUCCGCCUAUGUGACGCCGAAUCUGCAAGCAACGCCCCCUAGCUGCAUGAGGAGCAACUUUCUACUCAAGCGUGUCAACUGCUCGCGAGUGUAAAAAACUAACGCAUGCGCAAAAUAGAAACGUGAUCGUAACGCUCUCAUCAUUGCCAUUCCACCAUAGAUGUAGUGUGUCCAUAGGAGCAGUGUUCAGGUGCCCGAUCCAAGAAUAAUUGGCUGUUUAAUGUGAAUGUCAUGCCCCCUCUGAAAAGAGUGCAAACUGUAAGAAGUUUCAAGCUACUGAUAAGUUGCUUCUGCACCAGGUCCCUGUUUCACAAAACUUGUUAUCAAUAGACAAGUUCCAAUAACUGUUAUAAGCUACUGAAAUCCUGGCAUUUGAUUGGCUGACAGCAAAUUUGUCAUAGAAAUUCAGCAUUUGUUGUUGAAAGCAAGUCUGAUGAAACAGGGCCCGGGUCUCAACACUAACAGGCACUGGGACACACAAGUGUAGAAUAUCUAUGCCUGGACCUCCCAAAUGCCCCAAAAGGUGCUGAAGCUUACAUAAUUAUAUAAAACCUCAUUUGUCUAUCUGGACCCCAUACAAAUACAGUCAAACCUGUCUAUAGCGAGCGACCACCCGAAGGAAACACAAAACAUGGUCUUUGUAGACAGGUGGUCUUUGCAUACAGGUGGUCUUUGCAUACAGGUGAUCACUAAAGCAGGUUUUACUGUACCAGUAGUGUAGUGCCCUGCUCUCUUGUGAGUUCUGAAUACAGUCAAUUUAGCCGAAGUAAGACCCUUACAGUGGCAGUUUGUGUUUGGUUUUCUUCUAGGUGUUUACAACUUAGAGCAAUUAGUUUAUAGACAGAUAUGGACUAGAAAGUAAAGAUGUGUUAUUUUGGUAUCGUACUAAUGGGAGAAAAGAUUAAAGAAAAAAAAAGAAGAAGAAAUAUUGUCCUUUUCCAUUCUCUUUUAUAUAAAAGAAAAGAAGAAAUGUAUUUAGGUGUAGGUAUGUUGAUUCCUGAAGCGGAAAAGACAAAUACCUCUUUUGAAGUGCAAUGUAACGUAGGUUUAACAUAAAAGCAACAAAAAAAAAAUUAAAAAUGAGGCAGUAGGAACAAAAAAUGAAAUAGUUCCAUUUAUACCCAAUAGGCCAUUUUCUCAGUGUAAUCAAAUUUAAUACACACAUCUAUCCUAAGUACCUUGUUACAAAUUGAUAUUCACCUGUUACAAAUAAUUGUACUUCAAAAGUCAGAAUGCGAACGGCAUACAUUAAGUGUUGUUAGUUAGGACGAGCCACAAUGUUUGUCCUACCUAGCAACAAUUCAUGCAUGGAAUUUGCAUUCUGACUAACAUUGAAAUACAAUCAUCCAUACUGAGUGAAUGAAAUGAUUUGUAAUAAGGCACGUAACAAAGAUUUUGUGCAUUAAAUCGGAUUAAUUACAAAAAGGGUCUAUUAUAACAAGUUUGUGGCUGGAAAAUUGAUUCAGUACUUAUGUGGUAUAGAUAGCUGGUGAAUGAGAAAUUUGGUGAGCUGUUGACGGCAAAGAAUAUUCCUUCUUUUGCUUGUUUUCAAAAUUAGUCAAGUGCAUGAAGAAACAUACCGGUAAUAAAAACAGACACCAAAUAGAAAUUUAUUUGUUGAUUAACUACAAAAGUUACUUUUAAGUUAUGCAUUUGAUAAUAAGACUAAAAUGAAAAACUAAAAUCUCUUUGAAUAUAUUAAGCAUUACUACCUUUACUUGAAACUUUCCGAUUUGAUGUUCAAACAUGUUAUAAUACAUAUAUAUGCACAAUUCAAUUACCUUUCCAGGAAGAAAAAUAUGAUAUGUAUUUUGAAUUGUGCCUUUUAGCUUACCAUAAAAUAUUAAUAACAAUUUUCCAUGCCAUUCUCAUUUUUUUUUUUUGGGGGGGGGAGGAAAAUAAAAAUUAAUGCUUAUGUAGAUAUCAUAAUCUCUUAUUUAUUCAUACAUUAUUUUUAUGGCUUGUCUUGAAUGAGAACAACUGCCAUUUCUUUCAUCUGUCCACUCAAUAUAGCAACAAUUAGUAUGCUUAUGGAAAUUGUUAUCCUUCAGAAAGUAUUACAUUGUUAUUUUAUCAUUGAAAUCAUUUCAUUUAUAGAAAUCACAAUCAAACAAGAUCUAAAAGUUAAAUCGUUAUUGCGCUCAAUACAUUGUUUUGUAUUCAUUCGAAAGCUUUACAAGGAGUUCCCAAAAUAGACUUGUUUUAGAAUAUGUCUUGCUAGUAUUGCUCUCAAAACAAACAAACAAACAAGCAAACAAAAUGCUAUGAAUGUGUUGCCAAUUUAGAUCUUUUCUGUACCACCUGAAGCUCCGAGAAUCCGAGAUACUUUAAGUGGUUGAUUCCCACAGCUAACAUAUGCUGUGGUUAAACUAUGGUCAUGCUAAUUUGCUCAAAAUAGAUUUCAUGAAAUGUUGACAAAGUCCUAUAUGUGUAUUAUAUUUUUUGUUUUUAGACGGUAGUCAUUAAAGGUUUGUUUUAUAAUUUGACCAUAUCACCAUAACAUACAUGUAGAAUACCAUAAAAAAGGUACUGUUGCAUUUUGGGUACUGUAGCCAGUUCAGAUAAUAUAUAUAGAGGGCACCAUUUAAGCAAUUUCUCAGUUCCUAAAUUAGUAUUAAAACUGUUCUGCUCAAAACUUCAGUCAAAAGCAGUUUUUUGUAUGAAAAAUAUUCUGAACUCGAUAAUAGAAUUUUGCUGCAAAAUUCAGACAACAGUCAUAGAAUGAAGAUUAGGCUAUACGUGUAUUAUCAGUUUGAUUUUAAUUCCUUUUUUCUUCAACUCAUAAACAGUGUGUUGCUGCAAAUUAUGCAUGUAUUCAACUGAAUUGUAUGGGGAGGGAGGGGGGGGGGGGGAUAAUUUCACAAAUUGGGCCCAUAUUGGCAAUUGAUAACCAAAUAUAUAUGGACAGUCUCCUACCAGUUGUGAAUGCUAUAAGUGUUUGAAUGUUCAAUGUAAAAAUGUGAUAAUGUUGUGUUAUUUUGUGAAAGUCGCUUAUCAAUUAUCAGAACUGAGAAGUACCCCAGAGUCUCAACUUUAAUAGUUAUCCCGUAUCGCCUAAAUUUCCUUACAUAUGAGUAAAGUCUUUUAUUUCUUUCAAAAAUAGGUCAUUGUAUUUUAUUUUCGCUGUUAAAAAGCAUUUUGGCCAACUAGUCUUCUGAUGAAAUAAAGUUGAUUUAAACUGUUAAACGUAAGCAUAGUGGUUUUCUCAGAUUCAUGACACAUCAGGAUUUUUAUCUAAAUUCAGAGAAAAAUUAAAGGCUCUUUGAAAAGUGUACUCACUUCCAAUGGCAUAGUCAAAGACAUUUCACAACAUUUUCUGCCAAAAUAACAAAACAGGAGGGGAAGGUGAAGCUCCUAGUUUGAACAAAUCAAUUGUCUAAAGGUCCAUUUCAAUCCAGAAGGAUGAUAACUGUAAAAUAAUAGCUAAAAAUCUUCUCACUCUAAACAGAUUAGCCAUCAAUUACAAAGACAAGCUAUUUAAGUGUCUGGAUUAUCUUCUUGAUCCCACCUACGUAAUUUCAUGUAAGUAAAGAAAGACAAAACGCCAACAAAACAGCUGGCUGUUUUUGAUACUGGUGUAACUAAGAGAAAGAAGUUUAUGCAGAUGUUAAAACUUUGAUGUGGUGUUUGAUAGAUAUAUGUAACAUCGUAAUUUUAGGGUUAACCUAUAUUUUUAUUUAAA